AUGACAACUGAGGAUAACGAGUGGAUGAAGAGACUCCAGAAGGAAAACACAUACCUGAAAAAUCAAGUUAGGCUGCUCAGGGAGAACUAUGAAUUGCAUUCAUUAUUGGGUCAACACUAUGAGAACAGCAAUCAAGAGCAAAUUGCCACUUCCCAUCCCAAUAUCAUGUGUCCUGCUGCCUGUGCUCCAAGCCAAGGAGUUCAGCCUUAUGGAAGGGAAAUCAAAACACAAGAGACCCCAAGUCGCCUACAUCCUUCCAUGCUGGAGGACUGUAAUUAUUCCUCUCUCCACAUUACAAAUGAGGCACUUUCUAGGUCCAGCACCAGAACUGAGGCACAGGCUGCAUUCAAGAGGCUCUCCAAUGAACCCACUCUGUUUCAGACAGCACACAAGGACAGGAAACCAACCUCUGUGGCCAGCACUUCCUGGACCACUAGGAUGGAGAAACAGCUGCAAGACUCUUUGGACCUCUCAAAGAUAAAGAAAGUCUCAUUCAUUGAUGGUACUUUACCUGGAGGAGAUAAGGUUCCUAGUUGCUUACAUGGCAUGGCUCACCAGCAACACGGGAACAUCAUCAGUACAUCAGACCCCCUGGGUGAGCAGCAGGCAUCAUCACGAGGAGAGUUUGUUUCCUUGACUCCCCGCAGCAUUUCGGAUAAGGAGAGAGCGCAGACACAAACUGGGUUUCCAGGAUACUUCAAAACAUCAGAGCUGUUUUCCUCAGAAUUUCCCCAAAGAAAGCCAAACCCCCUUUUUACCAGCACCGGGGAUAUAACAACUGAGAAAACACCUUUGGAGUCUGCAGAAAUACCCAGGAAAAAGAGAGUCUGGUUUUUAGAGAGCCCUGUAGGAGAUGAGAUAAGGAAACCCCACACCUAUUACUUAAAUGAGAGAGAGAUUGAUCUGAAUGCCAAGAAAAAUGGCCGCAUAGUGGGUGAAAUCGCUUUCCAGCUAGACAGACGUAUCCUGGCCUAUGUGUUUCCUGGAAUAACAAGACUUUAUGGUUAUACAGUAUCCAAUAUACCUGAAAAAAUCAAACAGGCCUCCCUGAAAAGCCUGGAUGGUUUUGUGGAUGAGAAGAAGUACCAGGCCAUGACCCAGCACUACUUGUCCCUCCUCACACGCCUAGAAAAGAUGGGUUACAACUGUAAUGUUCAUCCUGUAUUCAGCGAAUUCCUGAUCAAUACUUAUGGCAUCCUAAAGCAGCGUCCAGAUCUGAACUCCAGCCCGAUCCAGAGCAGCCCAAAUGACCUCCGGAAGAUAGUGAUUGACACUGUCCCAUCCAAGUUCCUUGGUGACACCUUACUGCUCCUGAACUGUUUGUGUGAACUUUCCAAGGAAGACGGUAAACCCCUGUUUGCUUGGUAG